ACUGGAGGACGCUCACCGGAGGCUGGCGGGCCAGACUGACGCUCGGCCUCAACGAGGGAGGCGUGCGGAGGGCAUGGCGCUGGCGCGGGCCUGGAAACAAAUGUCCUGGUUCUACUACCAGUAUCUGCUGGUCACGGCGCUCUACAUGCUGGAGCCCUGGGAGCGGACUGUGUUCAAUUCCAUGCUGGUUUCCAUCGUGGGGAUGGCCCUGUACACAGGCUACGUCUUCAUGCCUCAGCACAUCAUGGCGAUACUGCACUACUUUGAACUUGUACAGUGACCAAGACGUGACCCAAAUUGAGUGACUCUUUGGGGAAGGACCAUCCUCUGAAGUUGGAAUGAAACCUCAUCAGAUGUCAUAAGAAACUCUACUAGAUGUCAACACAACCAACCCUAUGAAUAUAAAGACUAAAAUUCAUGAGUAGAACAGGAAAAUGAUCCUGACUCAUGUGUUGUGUUCUUUAUUUUUAAUUUUAAAAGAGGCUCUUGUAUAGUAGUUUUUGUCUAUUUUAACAUUGUAGUCAUUUGUACUUUGAUAUCAGUAUUUUCUUAACCUUUGUGACUGUUUCAAUAUUACCCUGUGAAAGCUUUUCUUAAUGUAACUUUGAGUACAUUUUAAUUGCCUUCUAUUUCUAAAACCCAAAGUCAUUAGCUGGGCUGUACUGUCCUCGCUCUCGUAUGGCACAUACAUCUGCCUGAAUAUAUUUCUACUCUGGACCAAAGUUUUGUAAGAAACAAUACAAGAUCCAGGGCAGGGGGAUGGGGAGGGAGGAUAUUUUAUCGAGAACUAUUUGCAAAAGACUUACCUGUAAGUUUGAACUCAGGAGUAUGGUUUUAGCUAUCUAGACUCUACUCUUAACAGCUUUUGCUUUAAAACUACUCAAGUAUUUCUUACAAUGAAAAUGAAAGAUCUUGCUAAAGUUAAAAUAAGGAACAUUUCACCUUUUAAAUAUUCAAUUCUUAUGUGGACUCGUUUCCAGAAAACUUUGGUGAUGAUUCUUAGUGACAAAAGGUGGUUAAAUAGCAUUAUUAUGUAAUGCUUAUAUACCAUAGAAUUUUUAGGAGAAAGUAAAUCAGUUGCUUCUGAGGGUUAUUGUAAACAAUGUACUUCCUUAAAUUUAGUUUCCUGAUUGUAAUGGGUGCUGCAGAUGCAUUUGCACAUUGCAAUAAGAUGAGAUGAAUUGUUAAAAACUAUAGCAAAAAGAAGUGUAAACUUGGUUAAAAUCCUUUCACUCUUUGUAUUUUUUUUAAAGAUUUUUAUUCCUUAAAUGUAAAAUGACUACCUGAUUUUUUGAUGUAAACUCAUUAAAUUCAAAGAAAAAUCA